CUAAAUCGUGCGCGCUACACUCACUGGUCUACAGUGAUACUGUCGUAUUUCAUUUUAUUCUUGCAUUGACUUGCUUCUUGGCCUUCUUGCCAAACCAUUGCCACGGUAGUUCUAUUAAUGGUGGUUUCUCAAUUAUCAAGAUAUUUACAAUAGUUUUUCCAUAGAAAAACUACUAAUAGAACAUGGCUGUGGCUACUAGGACACUUUCUAAAUUUGCAAUUGGAAGUUGUAAAAGAAUAUUACAAUCUCAAAUAAGAUUCAAGUACACGGAAACUAGGCAGAAUUUAAAAAUUGACUCGAAUACUAAAGUAAUAUGUCAAGGAUUUACUGGCAAACAAGGUACAUUUCAUUGCCAGCAAGCUUUAGAUUAUGGUACAAAAAUAGUAGGUGGUGUUAAUCCAAAAAAAGCAGGAACAACUCAUCUUGGAAAACCUGUAUUCAAAUGUGUGAAAGAUGCAAAAGAGGCAACAGGAGCUACAGCGUCUGUAAUUUAUGUUCCACCACCGGGUGCUGCUGCAGCUAUUAUGGAAGCAAUGGAUGCAGAAAUGCCCCUAAUUGUUUGUAUUACGGAAGGUAUUCCCCAACACGACAUGGUUAAAGUGAAGCGACGGUUACUUGAGCAAAAUAAAUCAAGACUAAUUGGACCUAAUUGUCCUGGUAUCAUAGCUCCCGAACAAUGUAAAAUUGGAAUUAUGCCAGGACAUAUACAUCAAAAAGGAAAAAUUGGUAUUGUUUCUAGAUCAGGAACAUUAACGUAUGAAGCUGUAAAUCAGACAACUAUUACUGGUCUUGGACAAACCCUAUGCAUUGGAAUUGGUGGAGAUCCAUUUAAUGGUACAGAUUUCAUAGAUUGUUUGGAAGUCUUCCUUAAAGAUCCAAAUUGUGAAGGAAUUAUCAUGAUUGGUGAAAUUGGUGGAAGUGCAGAAGAACUAGCAGCGGAAUACCUUAUUGAAAAUAAUACUGGUUCUAAAGCGAAACCAGUAGUUUCGUUUAUUGCUGGUCUUACUGCUCCUCCAGGUAGACGAAUGGGUCACGCAGGAGCUAUUAUUUCAGGAGGAAAAGGAGGUGCACAAGAUAAAAUCAAUGCCCUUGAAAAAGCUGGAGUAAUAGUAACAAGGAGUCCUGCACAAAUGGGUAAUGAACUAUUAAAAGAAAUGACCCGUCUUGGUCUGGUCUGUAAUUAAAAUAUAUUUCCUUGGCUCAAUGUAGUUCAUUUCUGCAUAUUCGUGUAUCUUUAUGAAAUAAAUUGAAAAUGUAAUAGCUGUUGUGAUUGAGAAACACAACGGUUUUAAAGAUCUAAAUAUAAAACAAAAGUUGCUUAUCCUAAA